GGCUCUCUCUGGAACCGCUGCCCGCAGACCUCUGACAGCUUUCAAAAGUUUUCCGGUGAUAUACAGAUUUCAGUGAGUGGUGCUGUGACCACUGGAAAAGAGUCGGUGAGUUCUUGUGCCCUUACCAAGCAGUUGUACGAAUUUCUAGUUGUGAUUGACUGCAAUGUUGCUUCGAGAACUAAACUUUAUUAAAUUUGCUCACUUGCAUCGAGCUCGAUGAUCAAUCAUUUCCUCGUUAUUGUCCUCGGGAUCUCCAGCAUACCUUCAGCCCAUUGUCCUCCUCUACUGCCUAGAAUUUUUACCCGAUUCCCUGACGACAAUUUCCCGAAAAUCCGAGAAUGUACUCCAAAGUUACAUUCCGGUAGCUUCAGACUCUGAAUCAUGCGCAACAUUAUCACCUGAGACGUCGUCGUUGCCCUGUCCAUGAAGAGAGGAGUCAUGGGUUUCCCGUCUCCUGACUCCCAUAUAGAGAGCUACUUGGAAGAGAAGGAAGACGUUGUAUCCUGAUGGUCUUCCUUAGGGCACUAGCUCUGUUCGCAUUACUCACAUCUUCCGUGUCUGCUCUGGCCGUCACCGAAGCAGGGAAUAGAACACUGGAGACUCUCGCUGGGACGUUCACCAACCCGUUGAAUCAGCAGAGAGGGGCUGAUCCUUGCAUGCGAUUCAUUAAUGGCAACUACUAUCUUACCUCCACACAAAACAGCAACAUUCAAAUGAAGUCCGCUACGACUAUUGAAGGCCUGAAAAGUGCUGCUUCGAAGGUGAUCUUCUCUGAUAGCACUGCUGGAAGGAAUUUCGAUUUCUGGGCGCCCGAAUUCUGGUACCUUGACGGCACCUGGCACCUAUAUUAUUCUGUGGCGGGGAACGGAGACGAUGCCACUCACCGUUUACAUGUUGCUCGUGGUGGUACUAAUGCGAACGAUCCCUCUGCUGGAGCUUAUUCCUAUGUCGGUUCAUUGAUCCCGCCCAACCUCUCCACCCAGUGGGCUGCCGACGGUAGUAUCCUCGAAGUGGGCGGAUCGCGCUACCUCAUCUUCUCCUCGUUUCAAGGCUCCAAUCAAUGUUUGUUUAUCGUCAGAAUGACUAGCCCCACCACCAUCACCGGGAAUGCUGUAGUGAUAAGCUGCCCCACGCUCACUUGGGAAAAGUCAGGUUCGCCUGUACAGGAAGGUCCGGAGGCUAUCACGAUUAACGGCGUGACCCACAUCGUAUAUUCGGCUUCUUUCUGCGGUACGGACGACUACGCCCUGGGUAUACUUACCCUCAGCUCUGGAGCUGACCCCAUGUCGGCCUCCAGCUGGGUCAAGAGCUCUAACCCACUCUUUAGUAAGGAUCCGUCGGUUGGAGUUUACGGUCCGGGCCACCACUUCAUGUUCCAGAAAGGGAGUGCGUGGUAUUUUGCCUACCACGCAAAAUCUGCGACCAAUCAAGGUUGUGGUAAUACUCGUACUACCAGAGUUCAACCUUUUAGCACCUCUGGAAACAACCCAGUCUUCCCAAAGCCUUUAGGAACGGGUGUUGCGAUCAACGAACCUUGAAGUCACAAUGUUGGUAGAUAACUUGUAAUUCUCUCCGUGCGGGGGGUGAUAACUCAGCCGCAUAGUAUCUAGAGUUGAAAUUCCUUACGUGAUGAGUGUAGCAAGUACCUCUGCUUGGACAAUCCUCCC